AUGGGCAGUCCAGUGAUGAUAUUUGCUGGGUGGUUCUCGUUGUCGUCCGCCAGUAACGAUACUGGAGUAGUACCAAUGGAUUUUCUGGGUCUUUUUGAUCCUGCCAACUCAGAUGAAGUGGUCGAUAGGAGUGGAACUGCAGACCAGCUGCCUCCUGAACCACAAGUCGGAAAUGUUGAGUACAAGUUGAAACUCAUGAAAUGGCGUCUUCGAGAAGGUCAAGGGGAAGCAAUUUAUGAGAUUGGAGUUGAAGACAGUGGAGUUUUAACUGGUCUUUCAGAACAGGAAAUGACUGCUAGUUUACAAACAUUGCGUCAAAUGGCCUUCAAACUUGGAGCUACUACAACUGUACUACGUGAAAGAACAGUAGAUAAUGAUAAUGGCUAUCGCAUCUCAGAAGUCCUAGUGCGAAAGGUUCCUGAUGAUCAACAUAAUAUAGAAGUUCGUGUGGCUGUUCUGGGCUCUGCAGACGCUGGCAAAUCUACACUUUUGGGUGUGUUGACUCAGGGACAACUGGACAAUGGAAGAGGUCGUGCAAGGCUAAACAUGUUCCGACAUCUACAUGAAGUUCAAUCUGGUCGUACAUCAUCAAUUUCCCAUGAAAUUUUAGGGUUUGGUUCUCAGGGCCAGAUAAUCAAUUACAGUGAAUUAAUGACUGCUGAAGAAAUUUGUGAAAAUUCAACUAAGUUGAUCACUUUCAUCGAUUUGGCAGGGCAUCGUAAAUACCUUCGUACAACUGUUCUGGGCCUUACUGGGUACUCCCCUCAUUACAUCAUGUUGGUGGUUAGUGGUUCCGCUGGCAUUGUGGGGAUGACAAGAGAGCAUCUUACUCUGGCCAUUGCUCUUGAUGUUCCUUUCUUCAUCACAGUUACUAAGAUAGAUCUAGCACCUCCUGCUGACACAUUGAUUGCUAUCGAGAAAGUUCUCAAAGCUGCUGGAUGUCGAAAGGUUCCAUUGAUUGUCCAAAAUGAUGAUGAUGUGAUUACUGCAGGUUCUAAUCAGCUUGCUUCUAAUGUUGUUCCCAUAUUCUGUGUAUCAAGCGUUACUGGUGAAGGACUGGAACUGAUCACAAAAUUUUUGCAUGUCUUGCCUCCUGGCGUUGGUGUGAAAGAAAAAGAACGAUUGGAGCAGGAGCCAUGUGAAUUCCAGAUUGAUGAAACAUUUAGAGUGCCUGAAGUGGGAACUGUUGUAGGAGGUUUGUUAACAAGAGGUGUGGUAACUGAAGGCACUCAACUAGUUAUUGGUCCUAUGAAUGAUGGAAGCUUCAUGCCUGUUAAAGUGCAGUCAAUUCAUAGAAACAAGGCACCUUGUAGAAUGGUUCGUGCCAGCCAAAGUGCAUCGUUAUGUCUUGAUCAGACUGUUCCAGGUCUUCGAACUGGCAUGGUACUUCAAAGUCUGGACUGUACUCCUGCUGGAUGCUUGUUUUUUCAGGCCACAGUGUGUGUGCUGUUUCAUGCUACUACAAUCUAUGCAGGCUUUCAAACAACAGUCCAUAUCGGCAAUAUUCGUCAAACUGCUGUUAUUGAAGGUAUAAUGGCUUGUGGUGGAAUCCACACCAAUGACAGAGCCUCCGUUCUUUUUCGCUUUGUACGACAUCCAGAGUGUGUGAGAGUGGGAAUGCGACUUCUCUUUAGAGAAGGUUGCACCAAGGGAAUAGGAAAGAUUACCCAAGUUUUUCCUAUGCAGAAGUAAUAUAGUACUGUUGUAGGUUUCAUGCAGCACAUGGCAUGUGUCAUGUGAUCCUUGAAAUUUUGAUUGGCACCUGGAGCUGUAAUGCUCCAUGUGUUUCUUGCUGUGCAACAGCAGGUAUUAGAAUUGUAAAUGCGAAUGAAGGCUUUAAAUAUUUAGGAAGCAUUGCAUUUUUAAUAUCAGUUUAUUUUAAAUGUAAAUUAAUUGUUUAGCAUUGAUGAAUAUUUAUGCAGUCAGAGUUGAACAUGAAAAGAAAUGAAUUAACAUUACCAGAGCAAAAUGUCCUUGAUCUCAUCGGUACUGCAAGUACCUCGCAGUAUGUGAGAAUCAUAUUAUCAACAAAAGUUGCUUGGCUACUAUGUGUUAUCAUUCUUUACCUUUCCUCUUUGCAACAUUUACUGUUUCUUCAAAACUUUCUUUUAUGAGUGUGGAUAAUUUGCGUUUUAUUUUAAUCCCAUGACAGUGUCGAACAGUAUUUUAUAUCAAAAUGGCUGUGUAAUUUUUAAGCAAUCUCUGAAGUGUUUCAUUACUUUUCUAAGUCACACCUAAUGUAAUGGAGUAUUUCUUAGAUUUAAUUAUUUGUAUUUUUAAAAACUCUUUUUAGCGAAGAAUAAUGUGACUAGGUUAUUUGUGAAAUUUUAUGGGUCUCCAUAAAUAUGCUUUGUACAUAUGUAUAGUAAUAUUCCACAUAGAUAAGAGUUUUAAUCAGAGUAUCAAAUUAUGUGUGAGUUUUAUUUAAACAAAGGGACUCAGAUCUAAAUAUUAACUAAGACAUUAAGUUUUAGUAAAGCUUUUUGUCUCUUCAAGACAUGAUAAUUACUUGGGAAAUUAGUUGUAAAUUACAAGCCUUGUUCCAAAUGCACAAUAAACCAUUAAUUAUUGUCAAACUGAAGACAGUUAUAAUUUUGUUUUAUCUACGAAACAUUUCUCAGUGCCUCAAAAUAUCUAUUACAUUACUGCAGAAUAUUUUUGAACCUGCACAGGAAAGAAUGUUGCUUAAUAAACACAUUAUAAUCAAGAAACCUUUAUCAUUUUUGUGUCAAGCAUUUAUGGAAUGGGGCUAUUAAUUGUUGAGAAGUAACUAAGAAAAGGCCAGAAGCUGCCAUAAUGUUCUUUAAGAGCUUUACGAACAAGACAGAUAGUACCUGUUAUUUUUAGAUGUUACUGCCUUUUGUAGUUACAUAUGUUAAUAUCGAAAAGUAAUUAAUGGCAAAUCAUUACUUUCUCUACAUUUUAGCUACAAUCUAAAGUUUGUAUAAAAUAUUCAUAUUUGUUGAACUCACUAGGAGAUUUUUAUUUUGUUUUACUUUUUUAUUGUUUUUAAACAGUAAAAUUAUCCAAAUGCCAAUUAGGUCAGUGUGUUGUUACCUAUUAAGUAAUAAUAUUAUUUUUGGAAAGAAUGGAAGUUCUUAUAGCUAAACAUUUUCUGAAUGUAUUGUUUUACAUAUUUAAAUUGCAUUAAGGAAGGGAGAACUCGCCUUAUGACUAUUUUUUCCUUUGAUCAGCAGGAUGAGUAAAUGAAACAGUUAUUCUGUGAACUCUUCCUGCAUUCAAUUGUACUGUAGACCCUCACAAAUCAGAAUGAAUGUGUUUUGUUACUUUGUCAUCAACAAAUGAAAUGGCCAGCAAAAUGGCCAGUUGGUACCCCUUAACAGAAGUUUGCUAAAUCUUAGCUUUGAUUCCUUAAUAAAUAUGAGCACGGAGCUUUCCUCCUAGUUGCUUCUCAGUUAGUAUUCAAUUUUUAUCGUACAUAUUCUCUGCAAUUGUCAUUUUAAAUUGUCUGCUUUGUGUACAUGAACAGAAUAUUUUAUUGAAUUUUCACAUCUUGAUGUAUAUGACAUAGCUAAUUCCCAGUUCAUCACUACAAUUUUAAAUAACUUUACAAAUAAAUACAAUUUUAAAUAAUUUACUUUGUGAUAUAUUAAUUAUUAUAUUUUCUAAGAAAGAAAAUGUUAUCUAUUUAAUAUUAAUAAUAUAUUUAUAUUCUAGUGUAUUUGGAUUUUACCCAUUGCACAUAAAUCAUAUUUUAUGUUUUUCUAUGAAGUUAGUUUUGAGAGACCUCACAAUAUGCAAAAAGAAUAAUUUAUUUAUUCUAUAUUUGAAAGGAUCUUAUCACACGUGUAUAAGUUUUUUUCCCUUCUUUAUUACUAUUAUUGUGAACAUACUGAGAAACGUGCAGUACUUACUCUUGUAGUAUACGGUAUGAUUUUCAAAUGAAGAUGGAUUGAAGUCAAGGUGCUAUAUUAAAGUAUUUUAAAGGCAUUAAGGAUAUAUGAAAUGUGGAGUGGUAGAUUUGCCUCGUAUGCAAAUGUUAUUUUGCAUCAUCACACUGACUGUGCUGAAAUCUCAAGCCUUGUACAAAUCCUUGUACAAAAAUCCAGAUGUAAAAUUUACAUCUUUUCUCCAACUCUUUUGAUGUUAAUUAUUAUUUAUGAUGUAUUCAAUGUAAUUUUAUUCAAUUUAAUUUUGUAAAAAUCAAAAUUUUAGGUAAUGCAAGGAAUAACUAAGUGUUAAAAUAAAUGUCUUUGAAAUACUUCUUAUGACUUUGCAAAUGCUGUACAUUUUUGUAUCGAGAACUUAUAAGAAAAAGUUUUAUGUUUAAUAUUAUUAAUAUGUGAUUCCUAUGGAAUUCAGAUAUUUUAUUAGCAUAUAAAUAGUGAAAGUAAUUGUGCUUGAGUCGGCCAAGUUUUGUAUUGUAGAGUAAGAAUAUGUUGACUUGCUAUGCUGUCUUUGCUCUUGUGACCGUUCAUACUUGGAUAUAGUAAUUUAUUUGUUUUUAAAUGUUUUAACUAUUCAUUUCAAUUUUAGUAAUGUGCUACUAUUUUCUCAUAAUAAAGUAAAUCACAAACUUUAUUAAUUUAUAUUUGGAAAAAUAACAUGCAUUUGUUACAUCCAAUGAUUGAUUUUCUUCAAAAUUGACCAUCAAACAUACCAUUCUUGUGAAUAUAAGCAAUUUAAGUUAAUCAGUAUGACUGUAAUCAGUAGCACUGUCCCUUUAAUGCAACAAGUUCAAUAAUAACAUUAUAACGAAACAAAUUUUACUUUUGCAACAAGAGGAUUUCGCAGACUGGUGAUAAAAGUUCCAUUUUGAAGUUGUAAAUCUGUAUCAUUCAAUACAUAAUUUACAGCAGAGCCAGAGAAAUGUUUUAUUGCAUUUCCUAAUAUAUUAACUGCUGGCCAAUGAAUGUUUGUUCCAACUUUAUGAAAAUUCUCUCCUUGUUAUUUAUUGAUUUGGUGUUACCAUCAAAUAUUGAAAAAAUGUUAUUAUUAACCAUUGUAAAAUGUUUGUAGCUCUAUUACUUUUUUUUUAAUCAAACCUUAGAAACAUGUUAAGAAUUGGUAAUUAUAAUACAUGAUUGCAGUUAGGUUUAAAAACUUAUUAAAUUGUACAUAUAUUCCUGAUAUAAGAAAAGUGUUAUUACAAAUCCAUAGAAACAAAGUGUUACUUUAAGAAGUUCAUAAUAACACACGGAUGAGAACACUAUUCAGCUGUUGGCUGUCGUUAAUAAAAUAAUAUGACUAAUUUGCACAGUAUUGGGUCAUUUGUGAUGCUUACAAAAGUGAUGCUUUGGUGAUUAACCCUCUAAGGACUGGAUGUAGACAAAUAUGUUAAAGACGAAGAAAGUGGCUUUGGCAUAUGGUACCUGCAAUAAUUUUUUCAAACUUUUAUAGUUUUCUUAUUGUAGUAUUUUUAUUUAUCUUUUAAAGUAUGUAAGCAUGAUUAAAACAAUUGAGCAUUUAAUUACAUACCAUUGGAAAGCAUCUUGUAGAUAAAGUAACAAAUCAUUAAAUGCACCUGAUUAGUUCAGUAAUGAAUUCAAGAUGCGAAACACUUUCAGCAAUGCAAUGAGUAUCUUAGUUCACAGAAGCAAAUGUACAAUCAAUUUCUUAUCAAAGAAAAAAAAUUCAAAAUUAAUGACAAAAAACAUUGUAUAGGUUAUUUCAACAUUGUGAACUGAUAAUUAAUUUUUAGAAGAUAACUGGAUAUAGUUUUCUCACAUGUAUAUUAAAGUGGCAAACAGAUGUGACAGACAGUAAAUAUAUCAUUAGCCAGCAAUAAUGUAUUCACUGUUUUUUUUAGAAAUAUUUUUUGUAUUCCAUUCUUAGAGGGUUAAUAGUUUAUUUAAAAUUGUCUUUCUGCAAGGAUUGAGGGUUUCAUAGCAAAUUCUACUAGGAAGUAAUUCUCAUAACGUCUGAUAUACUUGGAUUGACAAUUGCUAAUACCACUUUAACUUUUAGCAUUACAAUGUGUUUUAGUUUUGUUUCAAAGUGAUGGACAUUACGGGAGAUCGUUUCCAGCAUAGUAGGUAAAUGUAUUGUUAAGUCAUUGGGAAUGUUUGAGAUUUGAAAGAGAUUUAGUAGAGGUCUUUGCCACUAAAGAGUCUCUUCCAGAUUGUUCUUCGGUAAUUCCUUCUCCUGUUUUAAGGAUUUGUAAGUGGAUUGUACAUGAGAGACGAUGAUGUGAUUGAUUCUGGUGUGUGCAAACAGUGUGUUCAAACUGCAGUAAGCUUUACUGGUAGCAAUAGUUUCUCUUUGAUAGUUCUGUCUCUUGAAAAAGUAUAUAUUUUAAUUAUUACUUUUUAAAGCACAAAGUGUUUGUCAUUGAAUGUACAAAUGUCACAGCAAAUAAUAUUUAUAUAUUUUGUGUAUCUAACUUCUCAAGUGGUAUGUUGUAAUUGAAUGUAUGCCUUUCAAACUUAGUGUAUUUUUUGUUUAGCAUUAUCAACAAAACUAUUGUAUGUGAUUCCUUCAUAGAACUACUCAUUAAACCUGUUAACUGCA